AUGGUUGACCGGUAUGGGUUAGGCCCGGCAAACGGCAACAAGUUGCCUUUGAUCCACCGCUCUAGCCCAUGCUCUCCCCUCAACGACGCUGGGAAACGAAGGCAACAGGAGGCUUUGCCCGCCGACGUCUUCGAUCGCGAUGUCAGGAGACUCAGGACGAUACUUGCGGCGGCGCAGUCCGGCGUGGCUGACGGCACCGCCCCAGCCCCGGCGCCGGCAUCAGGUGUCACGCUUCCCAUCACCGGCACGCUCCUCAACCUGGACUACAGCGUCAUGGUCGGGUACGGCACACCGGCCCAGCAGCUGCCGGUUGACUUCGACACCCUCCGGUUAGGCAGCGGCAUCUCGACGCUCCGGUGCAAGCCAUGCCGUGGCGGCGACGCGCCGUGCGACCAGGUGUUCGACCCCAGCAGGUCGUCCUCCUUCGCCCCGGUCUCGUGCGGCCAGGAGUGCCCGUCCGCGUGCCACGGAUCGGGUUGCUCCUUGGAUGUCACGUUCGGGAGUAACAAUUACAUUGCGGCCAAUGGCACCUUCGUCAAAGACACGCUCACGUUGUCGCCAUCGGCGACCCUCGCGAGCUUCGUCCUGGCUUGCAUCGACGUGGACAACAUCCACUCCACUGGCUCCAGCGGGCUGCUCGACCUGAGCCGGAGCAGGUUCUCCUUGGUGUCCCGGCUGAUCACCUCUUCACCCCCCACAGACAAUACAACCGCCGCCUUCUCCUACUGCCUGCCGGCGUCGGAGAGGAGCUCCCGCGGCUUCCUCUCCAUCGGCGGUGCCCUGCCCGGUUUCUCCGGUGGCAACGCGGGUUCCACACCGUUGGUCGACUACCCGGGUCACAGGAACAGCUACUUCGUCAAGCUCGCUCGCCUCAACGUCAGCGAUACGGAGCUCCCGACCACGGAGUCGAACCUCGCAGCACUCGAGGUGGGGACAUCGCUCACCUUCUUCCCGCCGGCGAUCUACAGCGCUCUCCGCGACGAGUUCCGGAAGCAGAUGUCCAUGUACCGUCCGGCGCCGGCUUACCGCAUGCUCGACACGUGCUACAACUUCACGGGGUUGCCGGGAUUCGAGGUCCCGGCCGUCAUCCUCGAGUUCGAGGGCGGAGCCACUCUGCAGCCGGACGUGGGUCAGAUGCUGUACUUCGUGGAUGGCGAUCACUCCAGUUACGUUUGCCUCGCCUUCGCCGCAUUGCCGGAAGACUUCCCCUACGCGGUGAUCGGGAACCGGGCGCAGCAGACCGUGGAGGUGGUGUACGACGUUCGGGGAGGGAAGGUUGGGUUCGUCCCAGGAAGCUGCUAA